AGUGUGUGGCAUUACUGUCACAUGGCCUUUAGAUGGCGUCGAUGACCCUCGUUUUCACAUUUUGUCUCCAGUUUUGAGCCCUUUUCUGCCUCCAGGUGCUGCAGCUGAGCCUUUCCGCUCUCCGUACAGGAAUGUGGCGACCGCAUUACGUCACUUGUCCUGCCAGCAAGCGAGAAAAGCAGCUCCGUCCACCAGGAAUUUGGUCUUUGUAUUUGUGCGCAGCUUUAAAGGGGGGGAAUUAGUGAUUUUCCUGCUGAUGUAUUCAGAGCUGAGUGGAGGUCUGGGAUGUAAACGAGAGGCGACUCAUGACAGCUCCGCUGCUGCAGAAUGAGAAGCUUGUAGAAGGAGCACAAAUCUCGACGACGCUCUCGGUAGAGUCGAUGGAGGAACCAGAAAGUAACUGUUAUUGUGCGGGCUGUGGAGGAAAAAUUCAAGACUCAUUCCAGAUGAAGGUCCUUCAGGAUACCUGGCACAACGCCUGCUUUCAAUGCUCUGUCUGCUCUGACAACCUCACUAACUGGUACUAUGAGAAGGAUGGCAAGCUGUACUGUCAGAAACACUACUGGGAGAAGUUUGGGGAGCUCUGUCACGGCUGUUCGCUGCUCAUGACAGGACCUGCCAUGGUGGCUGGAGAACACAAGUACCACCCCGAGUGUUUCGUGUGUCUGAGCUGCAAGGUGAUCAUCGAGGACCGGGACGCGUACGCCUUGGUCGAGAGGUCCAAACUCUAUUGUGGAAAGUGCUACAAGCAGGUAAUCCUCACCCCCAUGUUGGAGAAACGCUCACACGACUCGAUAUUGUACUCCCUGCCGCACACGGUGACGCUCAUCUCGAUGCCGUCGGCGGCUAACGGGAAGAGGGGAUUCUCUGUGUCCGUGCUGAGGGACAUGAACGGCGCGGCCAGCGUUCAAGUCAAAGAGGUCAGAGGGAUGCUUAUCAGUCCAGAGGUGCGAAGUGCUAUCCACGUUGGAGACAGGAUCCUGGAGAUCAAUGGACUGCCUGUUGGGACGCUGAUGGAGAAAGAGGUGUACGAUCUGGUCCACCACACCAGUCACACGCUGCAGCUACUGAUAGAGUACGACCCGGUGAGGCAGCGUAUGGAUCAGCUCCGACUGGGCUCGCCUAGGGACCAGCUGGGCGUCCCGGCCACGUCCCGCAUGCGUCUGUCCUCGCCGUCCGACACGGUCCUGGAGAGGACAGACGAAGUUGACGAUGGCAUGCUGAAAAGGAGGUCUUUGAAGCGCAGUAACAGCAUCUGCAAGUCCCCGAACUCCCUGAAAGAGGCGCCAAUAAUCGCGAGAGACAUCGGUCGCUCUGAAUCCCUGAGAUCCUCCAGCAGCUGCUCUCAUCGCAUUUUCCGACCCUGUGACCUCAUCCACGGAGAAGUCCUAGGGAAGGGCUUUUUUGGACAGGCCAUCAAGGUGACUCACAAAGCCACUGGGGAGGUGAUGGUGAUGAAGGAGCUGAUCCGUUGCGAUGAGGAGACGCAGAAAACUUUUCUGCAGGAGGUCAAGGUAAUGAGGAGCCUCGACCAUCCACACGUACUGAAGUUCAUCGGUGUGCUGUACAAAGACAAGAGGCUGAAUCUGAUCACGGAGUUCAUCGAAGGAGGAACUUUGAAGGACUUCAUCAGAGACAUGGACACGUUUCCUUGGCAACAAAGAGUCAGUUUUGCAAAGAGCAUCGCCUCUGGCAUGGCUUACCUUCAUUCAAUGAGCAUCAUCCACAGAGACCUCAACUCUCACAACUGCCUGGUUAAACUGGACAACACUGUAGUGGUUGCUGAUUUCGGUCUGUCCCGACUCAUCGUGGAGGAGAAAGUCAAACCUCCUCCGGAGAAACCUUCAACCAAGAAGAGGGUGUUGAGGCGCCUUGACCGAAAGAAGCGGUAUACCGUUGUUGGAAACCCUUACUGGAUGGCUCCAGAAAUGCUAAAUGGUAAGCGCUAUGACGAAAAGGUGGAUAUUUUCUCUUUUGGGAUCGUUCUUUGCGAGAUUAUCGGAAAAGUGUACGCAGACCCCGAGUGCCUCCCCAGGACGCUGGACUUUGGCCUGAAUGUUGGCAAGUUUGUGGAGAAGUUUCUCCCUGAAGACUGUCCUCCAGCUUUCUUUCCCCUGGCUGUGGCCUGCUGCGACCUCACACCAGACAACCGUCCAUCCUUCCAGAAGCUGGAAGACUGGUUUGACGCCCUCUCGCUUUACCUGGAACUGGGAAUCCCUCUGCCGGCUGAACUGGACGAACUCAAUCAGAAUCUGAGUCAACUGUACUGGCCCAAGGAACCGGUCCAGAGCUCAGAGGAGCCCGCCACACCAACGGCAGCCUCUCCAGACUGCACCAGCAUGACGGACGAUGGCACCUAGGACUUGUGCCUUUGUGACACGUAGCUCACUCAUUCGCUCUCUGUGACGCCUCUUAACUACUGCACUAAUUCUGUGGAUGGGGGGGAAGAGGGAAACGGUGUUGAAACCGAGCCAAGUCAGAACUGGAUAACCUGAGAGAGCUGGACCGGUUGUCCUGUUUUUUUUUUUUUUGUUUUUUUUUUUAAACAUAACUCUUGAGUGCCAGUGAACUGCAGUGAGAAUGAAGAGACGCAUUUCAAAUUCCUAACUUUUGGUUGCUUAUUUUUGUUACUGUCUCCAUUUAAAAACACAGAGCAGUUCUUAAUUUUAAAGUUCACUUAGUUGUAGCAACAUAGGGGGGGGAUCUGUCCUUGUGAACAGAGACCUUUAUUAGGCAUUUUUGUCUUUUUUUCUGGCUCUGAUGGUGCUCAGUGUCUUGGGAACAUGAAUCCGUUCCACGCCUUAAAGAGGAGUUGCCCAACCUCAGCAAAACAAAACAAAGUUCUUUUGACAGUCAAAUCACAGUGCAGGUGAGGAUUGUUGGCACAGUCGUGUACAAAUGUACUCUCCACGUGUACAAAUGGAGAGAAAAAGAAAAGUAGUUCAGGAUUGUGGAACAAUUUCUGACAGACUUCUCAAGACAUUUAUAAUUUCAACUGGAAACUGAGUCAAAUUAGAAAAUUUUUGAUUUUAUUUUAUUUUUUUUAAGUCUGCCCCUGGGAGUAAAUUUUUAUUGAGUAGACAUAAAACAACUAUAUAUCUUUCCGUCUCUUGGGUUUCAGAAUAGUGGGAGAUGAAACAGUGCCCACAGAAAGACACUUAAUGUCUGAAAUUGGUUGAAAGGUGGUUAGAGUUGGGGUAACUUAGUCUGAGUUUCUUUACUCAGGCUAAAUGUAGAGGGGAAUCUGGGAUAAAAAAAAGUUCACAUUUCAACAGACUUUCUGGGUUAAAUAAAGACAAAAAGUUACUGCACUCAAAUAGCCAUAAAAAUGUGUACAUUGAUGCCCAGUGUUUAAAAAUUGAAAAUAUGCCUCUAGCCUUCCAGCUGUGACCAGUCAUUUAUUUAUUCCUAUUAUUGCUCAUUUUAUGAGCACUCAUUUAGGAACAGAGGUGAUGUCACACAGUGUGUGUGCGUGUGUGUGUGCUUUUCUCCACUAAAUUUUAGAUCCAGAUCAGUUUCCAUUUUAGCAUUAACCAUGAGAACAUUAAAAAAAUUAUAUUAACUCCUCUCUACUAAGAUUAAAAUCAGAAACCACUAAAAUCAUGCCUCUUUUAAACAAAACCAGUGACCUUUAUUUUGGUCAAUUUUUAGCUUAUGUGAACUUAUUUAAUGCUUCGAAAUCAUUUAUCAAAAUGGUGCCUACUAGUGUUUUAGUGCUUUUUCUAUUACAUGUAAACUUUUUUUGUUUUUAUUUAUUUAGGAUUUAUAUUUUUUUCUCUUGACAUUUGACCAAGAUUUUGUAAUUUGACGGAACUGCAUGGCUUUCUUUUGAAGCGUCUUUCCGUAAGAUGUGUGGAUGCCUGCAACACUGACCUGCACUGUGUGUGAACUCUGAAGAUGAUGCAAAACUAUUUUGCUGCAGAAAAAUCUGUACAUGUUGAGAUUUGUCAUAAGACGGUGAAGAUUCGUGUUUCUUCCAAGCUUCACUGAUCUCAGUUUGUUUCUUUGUAGUCUAAUGAAUUCCACUAAUUUUUCAGAAUAAUGAAGACUUCAUCAUUUUUGUUCUCUUUAGCAAUUCAGGACAAAGGCUUCUGUUGGACAUUAUGAAACAAACUCUGUAAAGUGGGACUUGUGGUGUUUUUUCUUCUGAAGCAAUGUAAAUAGUGUAUAUGUGAUACCUCUAAUUGGAUUGUGUAGAUUUUUCUGGGUUUUUUUUUUAUAUUAGACAUUUCGACAGCAUUUUGCUAUCGCCAAGCAAGGUACUGAAGACCAUUUGUAACCACUUUUAUUUAUAUCUCUGUAGUGUUUCGUAAAUAAAACUUCUGAACGUUGCUUUUUCAAA